UAUCGGUUGGGGAGAGGGCGGGGUGCUAGGGCUGGUGGCGGAGGAGGAGAAGGACGAGCUCUUCCUACUUCUCCUCUCGGCUUCUCCUCUUUCCUCCUCCUCCUCCAGCGCCACCAGCCGUGACGCAUCCUCCCCUCCCCUUUUCUAACCUCCGGGCUGCUUUAAAACUCCCCCCUCCCUUCUCCUUUCCUCCUCCUCCUCUUCCUCCCUCUCUCCCUCUCCUUUUCGCCUGCCUGGGGCUGAAUUAGUUUCCCUCAGUGCUGCCUCUGCUUAUUCGCGGGGUAGUCGGACUUGAGCCGCCUGCUUUUCCCUCCGUGCGCUUCAUUAAAAAAAAAAAAUCGGGUUUGCAAGGCGCUGCUGCUGCGGGCGUCCGGAGGAAUUUCUGCCGCGGUGCUUUUCCGUCCUGCCUCGGGGGUUGGCAGCGAGGAAGGACGCGGCGGGGAGCGGGGGGGACCUGCUCGAGGGGAGGGGGGUGAAGCAAGGAAGCGAGGCGGCCAGGGUCGAGGAGCUGCUGCAGCAGCGGGAGAUGUGGGCUCCUGGUGCCGAUGCGGCACAAGGACACGGCUAGGCAGCCUUGCUUGCAGCUGAGACGCCGCCAGCUGCCCGGUUCCCCGUGAAAAAGACCAGAAAGAGCUUCGAUUGCUGUCGCCGCCGCCGCCGCCGCCGCCAGACCAGAAAUCAGUCCCAACUCUCGGCAGAACAGGAUCCCUCCGUUUCCGUGCGAAGAGGAGAGAGGGAGGCGGGGAAGGCUGCUGCUGCUGCUUUUGGAGGGACCCACCUCAAGGAUUGAGGCCAUUCUGGCGGAAGGGUGUGCAGUGGGGGCAUCGGUGGGGUUUAACAAUGGUGAGGUUUCUGGUGAGCUCCUGCUGCGCCCUGGCUGCGUCGGUGCUGCUCCAUCCCCGGAUCGGAUCACGGUGAGGAAAAAAUGAGCGAAGAGACGGCGAAUUCUAACAACGAUAAUAGUUAUGCCCGUGUGCGAGCUGUGGUGAUGACCCGUGAUGACUCAAGCGGUGGAUGGUUACCACUUGGAGGGGGUGGACUAAGCUAUGUCACCGUUUUCAAAGUCAUUCACCAGGAAGAAAAUGGCUGUGCUGAUUUUCUUAUACAUGGGGAGCGUCUCAGGGAUAAAACGGUGGUUUUGGAGUGUACGUUGAAGAAGGACCUUAUUUACAAUAAGGUUACGCCAACUUUUCACCACUGGAAAAUAGAUGACAAAAAAUUUGGCCUGACAUUUCAGAGUCCUGCUGAUGCAAGAGCAUUUGAUAGAGGCAUUCGUAGGGCGGUAGAAGAUCUUUCCCAAGGUUGUCUGACAUCACAUGAUGAAAUUGAAGUACCUGUUGAUGGCUUUCCAGCUAUUCCAGAAAGCAUACCUAGUUUGCUAAUGAAAGAUCAUCUUUUCCAACAUGAACCUGGAGUGAGCAAUGACUCUUACAAAAGCUUAACUAUAAGACCCUCAACCUUGGAAGAUUUCAGCUCAAGAAGACCGUUUUUCCACAACCAAUCCAACCAGAUACCCCUGAAGCCAGUCAGGAAUGUCAGCUUUCAGGACGAUGAAGAAAUUGUUCGAAUAAACCCUCGUGACAUUUUAAUACGCCGCUAUGCAGACUAUAGGCACCCAGACAUGUGGAAAAAUGACUUGGAUAGGGAUGAAGGCGACGCCUCACUGCAAUGUUCCAAGGCAGACAGUAAAAAACCAGACUACCUGUACCCUUCCGGGGACGGAACUAAGUUGAAUUCACUAAAAGAUUCAAAGUGUUCUGUGGUACUUAAAACGCAACCUUCCUCGUUCAAAUUGAAAAAAUCGAAAAGGAGGAAAGAGGACGGGGAGCGCUCUCGCUGCAUAUACUGCCAGGAAAGGUUUAAUCACGAAGAGAAUGGCCGGGGCAAAUGCCAGGACGCUCCCGAUCCCAUCAAGAGAUGCAUCUACCAAGUUAGCUGUAUGCUUUGUGCCGAGAGCAUGCUCUACCAUUGUAUGUCAGACUCCGAGGGGGAUUUCUCUGACCCCUGCUCUUGUGACACUAGCGACGACAAGUUCUGCUUGCGAUGGCUCGCCCUUGUCACGUUGUCAUUCAUUGCGCCGUGUAUGUGCUGCUACCUCCCCUUAAGAGCAUGCCACCAUUGUGGCGAGGUCUGUGGAUGCUGCGGAGGGAAGCAUAAAGCGGCGGGAUGAACCAGUCCAGUGCCAAGUUUGUGCUAACACGUCUUUAAUUUCAGGAAGUAUCUAACUCGUGGAAGCAUUUGGCAAGCAGAAGGGAAACCUGUCGUGUAUGAUAGGUCAAUUCUGAAAGAAGCAUCAGAACAUGUUGCAUUGUAGGAAUGCUGGCCACGCCGAAUGAUCUGCUUUUAAGUGCAUGGUGUAAGUUGUGUCGGGAGUUCUUGCGAAAGGAAAGCCUUUUCUCACAAUUGGUGGUUGAAAUAAGUAUAAACUGCAGUCCAUACUAUAAGGGAUCAACUUCAGCAAUUUGUACAUAUUGAGGUUAGGUGAUGGGGGGCUGUUUGAAAGAAUCUAUUUAGCAGAAAAUUUAACUAAACCUGCAGUAGUGAGAGCUGAUUUAAAACUAAGGAAAGUUUAAAACUUGCCGACUGCAAGAAACUAAAUUGAUUUUAAAUGCAACUAAAUUGCUUAUAAAUAGUUUUUUGGAAACAACUUUAUGUACAAAUAACAAAUGUUUAUAUUUAACAAAAUAUAUGGUACGAUUAUUAAAUCUUCCUUCCCCUUUCCAGUUGCAACACAGUUAUGGACCACAUUUCCAGUCACAUUCCAUGGUAGUAUUUCUCAAUAUUUAACUAGUUAACUUAGUAGCAUUUAUAUUCAAAAUGGACAAAUCAAUAUUUUCAGUCUUGUUUCCCUUCAGCUACAUUUUUGUAUUGAGUUCUCUCUGUACAUUCUGGUAAUCUGAAAGCUUUUAAAAUAUUAAUUAUUGUAGUCUUGAAUGACCAAUGUUUUGUUAAGCACAGGUGUAAUUGUCUAAUGCUCUUAUAAGAACAUAACAUUUAUUUUUAUAUAUAAAUUACUCUGUAUUCAGCGAAAUGGCAAAGGAGGUUUUUUUUCCUUUCUCAACCAGCAAAUUUUCUUCUAGGGUUUCCUUGAUUUCAAAUGUUUGGGGAAAGAAAAUUACAACCAUAGCUGCCAAGUUAUCCCUUUUUUUAAGGGAUUUUCCAUUAUGCUGAAUAGGCUUCCUCGCGAGAAAAGGGAAAACUUGGCAGCUAUGAUUACAACAAGAUAAUUGUCAUUAUAUAUAUAUAUAUAUAUAUAUAUAUAUAUAUAUAUAUGUAUAUGUAUACCAUGCAAUUCAGCUUGGUACCAAUUAUUACUUCAAACUAGUAAAGGAACAAAAAAGCAUCCAUUAUUCGAAACUUAUUUGGCCUAUCAGAAAUUUAAAAUACUCUCUAUAUCAAACAAUAACCCAGGUAGGGAAAAGCAAAUGGAUUUCUUGUGAAUGGAAGUGGGUUUUAUUUUGUCUUUGUUGUAGCAUAUUAAUAAUGAAUGUUUAACUUAACAUUUGGCUAUGUGUUCUAAAUACCAUUUUGGGGAAAUUUCUAAAUGUCACCCAUCAUAUAACAUAGCUGAGUAUACAGGUUUUUAAUUAAUAAAAUUCUCUAAAGCA